UGAAACCGUUCCACGAUCAAACGUCCAUGCGCUGGCUCGCCGCUGGCGCACUAGGGGUCGUAGGAGCAGCGUUGACCUGUCCCCAAGGUGCGUACUUGGAUGCCCCGUCGGCGAGCUGCCUCCUCUGUCCCUCCGGAACGUACGGUGCCAUGCCAGGCUUAACCUCGCCGUCGUGCUCGGGCAGCUGCGUGGCGGGUUAUUACUGCCCGCUCGGGUCAACUCGUGCGACCGCGCAGCCCUGCGGGGGCGCCAACUACUUUUGUCCCAGCGGCACGCUCUCCCGGCGUAUCGUCGCACCUGGGUACUUUACGAUAACGAGCACCCGGCGAGGCGCGGGCAUCAACAACGACGUUCUCACGACGACGGCCCCAGCGCAGUUCCCAUGUGACCCGGGCUUCUACUGCAUCCACGGCGUACGCUACGCAUGUCCCGCAGGGACGUAUGGCAGUACCUCUCUGCUAUUGACGGCUACGUGCUCUGGCCCCUGCCCACCUGGAUCCUAUUGCCCCGAGGGUACCGCGCAGCCCAUACCGUGUCCGCCAGGCGUGUUUGGUGCCACAGCAGGCUUAUUGACGCCGCAAUGCUCAGGCCCUUGCCCCGUCGCCCAUUUUUGCGUCCUGGGAACCGUGGUUCCCGAGCCAUGUCCUGCGGGGCUACUCGGUAACAGCACGGGCUUGACGACGAAGGCCUGCGCCGCAGUCUGCUCGCUGUCGUACUGUCCACUACCGCAUUGUCCUGACGGCCACUACUGCCCUCUUGGAGCAUCGGCACCCCUUCCGUGUGGUAGCGCCAACGUCUUUUGUCCGCUUGGAUCGUCUGCGCCAACGCCCGUCUCCGUGGGCUACUACACGAUCAGCACUCGAACACUCAACCCUGACGACGCUACUUUGUACCUGCCAGAUGGCGCAGGCAUGACAAGAGGGCUCGCCACACGCGUGGCCGAGGUGCCGUGUGAGGUUGGAUCGUUCUGUGAGAACGGCCGCAAGCAAGCGUGCCCCGCAGGAACGUUUGGCAUGACACCAGGCUUGUCGUCCGCUGCGUGCACGGGGAGCUGCCCGGCGGGCUACUUCUGUCCUUUGGGCAGCAGCACCUACCUCGACACGCCGUGUGUCGAUCCGUUUGUCUAUUGUCCUGGAAGCAACGCCGCGCCAACGCCCGCGACCCAAGGGUACUAUACCACCCUCGGUUUUGACGGCCGUCUUCGCAUCGGCCAAGCGAUCUGCCCGCUGGGCUCGUACUGCGUGCGCGGUGUGCGUCAUCUUUGCCCUUGGGGAAGCUAUGGUGCUACGACGGGGCUGUGGACAAAGAAGUGCUCGGGGGUGUGCCUCCCCGGCUCGAUCUGUCCCGCUGGCGCGACGUCGCCACAGCAAGAGCUCUGCGCAGCCGGCAGCUAUGCCAUCAACGGCAAGCAGUGCGUGCCGUGUCGACCUGGGUUUUGGUGCGGAAGUGGGUCGCCGUCCCCAACGCAGAACGCGUGCGGUGGCAGCAGCGUCUACUGCCCGCUAGGUGCGAGCGCGCCGCUCAGCGUGCAAGCCGGCUACUACGCCUACAGCCCCAAUGCGCUUUCGGGCGCCAACACAGACUUUACCGGCCAAGUCCGUUGUCGUCUCCACGACGCGGCGCUCUUUCCGCAGUGCCCGUCCAUCACAAGCGGCGUCAAUAGCCAAGUGUAAGCAUUACUCCAAAGUAACUGGAUGAUUUCG